AUGACGACUCGCUUGAGGAAGACCAGAAAGAGACGUGGCCACGUCAGCGCCGGUUACGGGCGUGUGGGGAAGCAUCGCAAGCAUCCUGGUGGUCGUGGUAAGGCCGGUGGUAUGCACCACCAGCGCAUCAACUACGACAAGUACCAUCCUGGUUAUUUCGGAAAGGUUGGUAUGCGCCACUAUCAUCUGUUGAAGAACCAGUACACGUGCCCGACUGUGAAUGUGGACAAACUGUGGUCCCUCGUGUCCCCAGCGACUCUGGCGAAGGCAGAGCAGAGCAAGGACAAGGCUGCCGUCAUUGAUGUGACGAAGUCGGGUUACUUCAAGGUCCUCGGGAAGGGUGACUUGCCCAAGAUCCCCGUCAUCGUAAAAGCUCGUUUUUUCUCGCGCAUUGCGGAGAAGAAAAUUAAGGCCGCGGGUGGGGCGUGUGUUUUGACCGGCUAA